CCUUCUUCCCCACCUUUUAAUUUCAAAAAACACACUAAUCCUUUGCUCCCCUCUCACACUUCCUCCCCCACACCAUAUCAUGGACAAGGUUCCUCUUCUUAUUCUUACUUUGGCAUUGGCGUUUAUGUGCUUCAAAUGUGAGAGUGCACCACAAAAUGAUACACACGCACUCACCCAAUUCCGCCUCCAAACCGACGCACACGCCUCUCUCCUAACAAACUGGACAGGCGCCGAUGCUUGCGCCGCGGCCUCCACUUGGCGCGGCGUCGAGUGCUCCCCAAACGGCAGAGUGGUGGCACUCUCCCUCCCUUCCCUCAAUCUCCGAGGCCCCAUCCAUUCCCUUUCAUUACUCUCCUACCUCCGAUUCCUUGAUCUCCACGACAAUCGCCUAAACGGCACCGUUUCCACUCUUUGCAACUGCACCGACCUCGAACUCCUCUAUCUCUCCGGCAACGACUUUUCCGGCGAGGUUCCUCUGGAGAUUUCCUCCCUCAGGCUCCUCGUGAGGCUUGACAUCUCCGAUAACAACCUCCGAGGACCGGUUCCCAAGGAAAUUUCAAGUUUAACUCACCUCCUCACGCUCCGCCUCCAGAACAACGCUCUUUCCGGCGAAGUCCCCGAUUUCUCUUCUUCCCUCGUUAACCUCAAGGAGCUCAACAUAACCAAUAACGAACUCGUCGGACACUUACCGAAUUCCAUGCUCAACAGGUUUGGUAUUGCAAGCUUCGCUGGGAAUGGCGCACUUUGUGGUGAUUCACCACUGCCAAAAUGUUCCUCCACCGAGACUCCUUCUCCUUCGUCCUCUUCUGAUAACAAAACUGUUCCUUCAAACCCAAACGUCAUACCGAAAACGAGUAGCGUAGUCGCAGUUCAGAAGAACCCACCAUCACGGAAAGGUUUAAGUCCGGGGAUGAUCGUGGCAAUUGUAGUGGCGGUUUGCGUGGUGUUUCUUGUGGUUGUCUCUUUCACCGUGGCGCAUUGCUGCUCCGGUGGGAGAACCUCAAACUCAAUGGUUGGGAGUGAAAGCGGCAAGAGGAAGAGUGAGAGCAGCUACGGGGUGUACGCUAGUGGCAGCGGGGCAGAAAGGGACAGUGAUGGAACGGUGGACACUGAGCGGAGCAGGCUGGUGUUCUUCGACAGGAGAAGCCAGUUUGAGCUGGAGGAUCUGCUUCGCGCAUCGGCAGAGAUGCUCGGGAAGGGGAGCUUGGGGACUGUGUAUAGGGCGGUGCUGGAUGACGGGUGCACGGUGGCGGUGAAGAGGCUGAAGGAUGCGAACCCUUGUGAGAGGAGCGAGUUUGAGCAGUACAUGGAUGUUGUGGGGAAGAUGAAGCACCCAAACAUUGCGAGGCUCAUAGCGUUUUACUAUGCCAAGGAAGAAAAGCUUCUUGUCUAUGAUUAUCUUCCCAAUGGAAGCUUGCAUACACUUCUUCAUGGGAACCGUGGAGCAGGAAGAAUCCCAUUAGAUUGGACGACAAGAAUAAGCCUGGUGUUAGGAGCAGCCAGAGGACUAGCUCGCAUUCAUGCAGAGUACAGUGCUGCCAAGAUCCCUCACGGCAACAUCAAAUCUUCCAACGUCCUUCUCGACAAGAACGGCGCUGCAUGCAUCUCCGACUUCGGCCUCUUCCUCCUCCUUAAUCCCGUCCACGCCAUAGCCAAGUUGGGCGGUUACAAAGCACCGGAGCAAUCAGAACACAAGAAACUUUCCCAGCAAGCCGAUGUCUACAGCUUCGGCGUCUUGAUCUUGGAGGUUCUAACUGGCAAAGCACCGUCUCAUCAGCAUCCUUCCAUGCCGCGACCUCGGACGGAGUUGGAGGAACCACACUUGGAUCUUCCCAAAUGGGUUCGUUCCCUUGUGAAGGAUAGUGAGGAGUGGAACGCGGAGGUGUUUGAUCAGGAACUGCUGAGGUACAAGAACAUUGAGGAUGAGCUUCUCGCCAUGAUGAAUGUUGGGUUGGUUUGUACGGAAUUGGAGCCUGAGAAGAGGCCAACUACGUUGGAAGUUGUGAAGAUGAUUGAGGAUAUCAGGGUGGAACAAUCGCCUCUUGUGGAGGAUUUUGAUGAGUCGCGCAAUUCGCUUUCGCCUUCCAUUCCCACCACUGAAGAUGGCAUGGCCUAGCUUAAUAAUGCUUACACUCUUCAUUUCAAGAUAUCUGUCAUUUUGAAGAAGCCGUAUAUUUAUAACUUUGGAUCCGGAUACAAUUUGGGGAGUAUCUGAGUAUCCCUUGAUGAAUCUGAUUGUUCAUUUCUGCACUGGUUCCUCUGUUCUCUGGUUGCAUUAUUAUCUGCCUAUUGUCACUUGUUGUACUGGGUGAUACUUCAAAUAAUUGUGUU